AUGCAAGGAAGAGAAGAUCUGCUUGGUCUGUGCUCUUGUCUGCUGGAUGAGAAGAUGAUCACCACAUCCGAAAUCCAGGCCGUGCGCGAGCUGAACGUCGAGGUGGAGCAGCAUCUGAUCGAUCUGCUGAAAGUAUCAUGGGUGAAUGGUCACCAGCGCCUGACACUGUCUAAGCUGAUCCAGUCACACCCGGACUCGACGCCCCAGAACUCAUGUGCCCAACUAAGGUAUUACGAGUGCGCGACGUUCGUUCCAGCACACAAGCGUCUGGGCUCGUCGCAGCUGACAACAGUCACGGCACUGCUGCGACUGUUGCUGAACAAUAGUCGUCUGGUGGCCGAGAUGCUGAACGCUCUGGACUCGUCCUCCUCCUCAUCCUCACUGUCCGACGAUGUCGCCCACGUUCUGUUCUGCGGCCUGUACGGCAGUUCGGUGUUCGCCAGCGACGAGAAGUGCCUGUUUGAAACCUUCAACCACCUGAUGCACCUGCAGUUCAGCGGCUGCGCGAACCCGAGGCGCAUCCUGCGCAAGAACACCGGACCGUUUUGCAGGCUGUAUCGGCUGCUCACCGAGAGCCUGUUCUCCGUCAAGUUGUUCCUGACGUCGGCGCUGCACGAACCGAUCCUCGACCUCGUUCUGCACAAUGAAUACUUCCUCGACAUUGACCCGUCGAUUGCCGUGCUGCGCUUCCCGAGCAGUGAGCGCAUCAGCCGGUUCGGCUGCGAAGGUACGCCACAAUACAAAGAGAACGUGAUGAAGCAUCGUGAGUUUAUUCUGCAUGGCUUGACUGAAAGUGCCCGAAAAUUCAUCAGUUCGUUGGAGAAAAAUCUGUUCUGCUUUCCGUCAGCCAUCGCCUGGCUGAUUCAGCAACUGUACGAAUUUCUAACCCGCUCGCGGAAAGUUUCGUCCUCUGAAACGAUGGUCAUCUGCACCGAGCUGGUGUUUACGUAUUUCAUCUGCCCCGCGAUCGCCAAUCCUGAACCGUUCGGCAUCGUCGGCGAUCUGCCGAUCAGCUACGUGGCACGGUUCAAUCUGAUGCAGGUCGGCCAAGUGCUGCAGACACUGGCCGUUUGGCAGUGGGAGCAUGUUGAUCAGAAACUGAUGGAUCUGUACACGAAUCUGGACCCUGGCUCAGUUUCCGGCAUCAUGGACACGAUACUGUCGCAAGACAGUACGACCCCUGUGUCGCGACUCAGCCUGGACGACAUUUUCCCGUUCGACCUCAAGGUCACCCGACAUCUUUCGCUUCUGACCGCCGAUGAACUAGAUAAGCUGAUUUCGGUCCUGAAACGGGUGAUGACGACCGCAUUGCGCGACAACGAAACGAAUGAAUGGCAAGAAGUCCGAGGUCUGCUAUCGAAUAUGCCCGAUAAUUGGACCUGUGCGAAUGCAACGACCGUUACGAGUACGAGCAUGAGUCCUGCCCAUGACGCUACGCAAACCACAGCUGCCGCCGCUACCUCGCCAGACUCCACCGUCGCGUCUUCGCACCAUAGGGCGCACCUGCGCUUUCCGAGAAACAUUGGAACGUUGCUGGUAAAGAGCCGUUCGGAUCCGCAUAUGAGCCAGUCGGGCAGUGCGCCGUACGCUCAGGCCGGAUCGGUCGAAGUUUUGAUGAUUCCGUUGGGUAACUCUCCAGAACCGGUUGGCCUUCUUCCAGAAGACAAGGUGAUCGAGAUGAUGAAGCAGGAAAAGGCCGACAACAUUUCGAGAAGUUGCCAUGAGAAGCGCACUCGAUUUUCGCUGGUUGCUGAUUCGGACUCAGUUGGCGCUAGCGACCGUUUCGACGCCGCCAGUGACGACCAGCAGUCGGUUUGCUCUAGCGCCGAACAGAUCACUAACCCGGAUAUGGCGACAUUGAACGACAAUUUUUCAGACGUUGAUGUGCUACCGAUAUCGGCGAACGUCAGCGGACGAGCGUCUCCAGACGUGUCCGGUAGGGACACGCCAUCAUCGUCGCACAUCGGCGACCAAGAUACUACUCAAUCAGAGGACCGUCCGGCGAGCAGCAUUGAUGUGGACAACAGCGGCGCGCGUUUGUCGUCGCUUCAGGUUGCGGGAGCGAAGGAGGCUGCGAUCGAAGAAAAGUUUGGAAAGUUCGAGAUUCCACCACCGAUUCGCGAAAGGCAUCGAUACCAGGUUGUUAGGCAUUUAGGCGACGAGACUCAUUCAAUGGUCAGCGACAGUUGGUCUACCGAUGUUCUGGCCAGUGAUUCAGAGUUCACAGUCGAUCUGCAGGCUUUGCCCGGAGCAAUGGUCCCUGCUGCUGCUCUUCCCGAUAUUAUUCCAGAGCAGCCACCGGAGAUUCCCCGUUUAGACCUGAUAGCCGAAGAGAACGUGAGAAAAAUCUCUAAUCGAACCAGUGAAUUCGUACCGUGCGAUCGAAGCGACACGUGGUCUGUCGACGCAGUGGCAUCAGAUUCAGAAACGGAACCGGUUCGGCCAGAAGAAAGGUUAAAUGAGUUCGAUGAAUUCCGGUCCGAUUUUCUGUCAGUGCAGCAGAAGGACUGUCAGGGAUUGUCAUCAGACUUCAGGUCUGACCACCGGAUUGCCAGCAGCUCAGACUUCAACAGUUCGGUUGUUGAGGACUCGAUGAAUCAUGACUUGAGCGAGAGUUCGUUUCAUUCGGACAGUCGCGAGGAGAACGUCGAGUUCUCGGCGAUGAUCAACGAAACGGGUCAGGAGCCGGGGCCAGAGUCGGGGUCCGCGAACGUCAGCGCCGGUGCGGCAGUUUCAAAGGGCACCACCAGCGAUUGCUCAUGGCUCAGCGAGUUCGCGUUGGGCAUCGAAUCGAAGCAGGACAGCGGUGCAUCACCUGCUGAAAUGCAGUCAAACGCCCCUGCCUCAGCAUCAGCUUCAGAAGACAUUUCGGAUGUGAGGAACCUGAGAGACGAAAGAGACGGCCGCGUGGACAGUGCCGAUCACGCUGCUGUGUCCGCCAGCAACGCUUCGUCCGAAAAUAUCGGUGAUUGCAGCGAAAAGAAUUCUUAUUCUCCUAUGGAACCGUCAACUUCGGGCAUCAGUUCUUAUCAGAAUCGAAGGGACAGUUUGUUCAAAAGUCUGAAGUUGAAGUCGCUUAAAAGCAAAUUUCAGUCAUCUCAUUUGAGCAGUGGUGUAAAUCUGCUGCCGUUCGUUCAUUUUGCGUCUGACAGCUGUCUGAUUAACUGUGAAAUGCCGUCGAAGCCGCAUUAUGAAACUACCGAUGACAUUCUGAAUAAAUACCGUAGUCCACAUCGGUCAGUCGGUCAGUCUUCAGGAGAAGGCGACGAAACGUCUUCCAAAUUCCUUCACAUUGCUCAGCCAGAUAUUGCAUUCAGCGGGAGCAAUUCUUGCAUUUCCAACCGUCCUUACGUCGAUAUGUCAAACCUGACCAUCUGCCAGGCGUUCCUGGAUACAAAGCGCAAGCUGCGGAUGGUGCUCAGUUCAACAGUGUUCGAUUCUUUACCGUUUAGCGGUUUGAGGUAUGGGUUGUCCAAGGAUCAGAAAAGUAGUGAGGACCUGAUCCAGCUUUUGCAACUAUUUUUGUCCGAGUCGUUGAUCAACGAGGAAAAGUCUGUUUCCGCUCAGCUUCAGGACUUACUUCGUUCGCUCGGGUUAUUUGAUUCGAAAGGGAUUCACAAGUUGCUACGCGCGCUUCACGAAGAACAUCGACGUCGUUCAGCUUACCUUUUCUAUCUUCAGCAGUCGAAGCUGACGUUGCUGCGUUCGAAGCUCUACUUGGAGAAGCUGAUUUCUAGGCUUCAACGGGAACAGAGGUCGAAUGUCUACUCGACCGUCGAGUUGUGCGUUCGUCUUUAUCUUGAGCAGCGAUGGGAAAGACAGAUAAAAAGCUUUGUGCACGAGUUUCGAAAUCUGCAGGCACAAGACGAGAAGAUGGACUUGUUGGAGCGGCUCUUAGCCGCCAUUCGUUCUUCGAUGAGCAACGAUAGCACGUGGCAGUGCUGUUCCAAAGAUCAAAUAGCAUACGUCGAGUUGUCCGUAGAAAGGUCAGUGGUGGCUCGUGUCUAUCUCUCCGCAAUCUAUCCUAACGGCGAGGGAGAUUUAAUGCGCGAUUUGAUAUUUCACAACACAGUCCAGCGAUUGUCGGAAAUCAUAACACCAAACCACAAAGCUUUGCACGUUCCGGAGGUAUUUCAUGCCGAAUGUCCGUGGCCUUCUGCGCAGAGCGAAAUCGCGAUAAUAAACGCUUACAAGACCGCUCGCGACAAGCUGAAGUGCGUCGUCAAGUGUUGCCAGUCGAUUGUGCAUCUGCUGCACAUGAGCAGCGGAAGACCGCCUAGUGCCGACGACGUUAUGCCUGUGUUGGUGUUCGUCAUCAUCAAAGCGAAUCCCGAAGCUUUGCUGUCAACGAUUCAGUACAUCAAUGGAUUCUACGGUAAGAGGAUCGACGGCGAGAAGUCAUACUGGUGGGUUCAGUUUUGCUCGGCUGUCGAGUACAUAAAGGUCAUUGCUGACUAUGAUACCUGA